ACCACUCCACUUAGCCCCUCGGGAACACAAAUGGAUCUCUCCUCCCCUGCUCCACACCCUUCCCUGGCUCCUGCCUGCUCUCAGCGACCGAAAUUGAGCGUCUGCCUUUAAAGAACUCCAUUUCCCAUCAGCCUCUUCACUGGACACCUACAUUUUCAUCAUGCAUAACACCGCCUACUCCUGAGAUAGUUCCUGGCCCCGCCCCCUGCCCGUCCGGUCUUGACUCUCGCCUUACAUCACCGGCCUCCAGUCUCCUCCUCUUACUCACCGCCAACUCGUCCGGGCCUCCGCCAGAGAGCAUGGCUUCUGCGCGAUCGUAAUGCUUAUUGGCUGUGGCGCCGCCGGUAGGGCGUGGCUACGGAAGCCGGGCGGGCACAUUUCAAACCGUGGUUGGGGCGGCGGCGGCGGCGGCGGCGGCGGCUAAGGAUGCACCCGGCAGGCUUGGCGGCGGCGGGGACUCCCCGGCAGCGUAAGUGGCCCUCGAAGCGGAGGAUCCCUGUGUCCCAGCCAGGCAUGGCUGACCCUCACCAGCUUUUCGAUGACACAAGUUCAGCCCAGAGCCGGGCCUAUGGGACCCCACAGGGGCCCAGUGGCCUGGGCUACCCUACAGCCUCGGCCUCGCCCCAGGCAGCCUUCCUGUCUGAUCCUGUGUCCAACAUGGCCAUGGCCUACGGGAGCAGCCUGGCGGCACAGGGCAAAGAACUGGUGGACAAGAACAUUGACCGCUUCAUCCCUGUCACCAAGCUCAAGUAUUACUUCGCUGUGGACACCCUGUAUGUGGGCAAAAAGCUGGGCCUGCUCUUCUUCCCCUACCUGCACCAGGACUGGGAGGUGCAGUACCAGCAGGACAUGCCAGUGGCCCCUCGCUUUGAUGUCAACGCUCCUGACCUCUACAUUCCAGCUAUGGCUUUUAUUACCUACAUCUUGGUGGCUGGCCUGGCACUGGGUACCCAGGAUAGGUUUUCCCCAGACCUCCUGGGAUUACAGGCCAGCUCGGCCUUGGCCUGGCUGACACUGGAGGUGCUGGCCAUCCUGUUCAGCCUCUAUCUGGUCACUGUCAACACCGACCUCACCACGAUUGACCUGGUGGCCUUCUUGGGCUACAAAUAUGUUGGGAUGAUUGGCGGGGUCCUCAUGGGCCUGCUCUUUGGGAAGAUUGGCUACUACCUGGUGUUGGGCUGGUGCUGCAUAUCCAUCUUUGUGUUCAUGAUCCGGACUCUGCGGCUGAAGAUUCUGGCGGAGGCGGCGGCGGAGGGAGUCCCGGUGCGCGGGGCUCGGAACCAGCUGCGCAUGUACCUAACGAUGGCCGUGGCGGCUGCGCAGCCUCUGCUGAUGUACUGGCUCACUUUCCACCUGGUGCGGUGAGGGCGGCGCGCCACGCCUCCAGCUGCUGUUCCUCGCUGCCACCGCUCAUCUCCAAGGACCGCCCCCCAACCCGAAACCCUCCUCCCGCCCCCUCAGGUGCUGAGAUCCCCAGCUGCACAGGCCGCCCCCCAGCGGGCGGCCACUGUUCCGGAAACAAUAAACCACCGUGGUAGGCCCAG